AUGUCUAGCUGUCUGAAAAACCCCCACUCUAAAGACACUAGACAAUCACUGUUAACCUUUCAAGCUAUUACAAAUUCUGAUGUAUCUCCUGGUACUGUUGGUGAGUUAGGAACUUGGGUCUUUAACCAGGAAGCUAUUAGGAGGGCCUUGGUUGAAAUGAUUAUAAUAGAUGAACUGCCUUUUAGAUUUCUGGAGGGUCCAGGGUUUAGGAAGUUCAUUCUGGUGGUUUGUCCUAGGUUUAAGAUUCCAUCUAGAUGGACAAUUAGUAGGGACAUCAAUCUGAUUUAUGAAGAGGAAAGACUGGAGUUGAAAUGUUUUUUUAGGGGAAACACUCAAAGAGUCAGUAUUACAACUAACUCUUGGACUUCUAUUCAGAGAAUUAACUACAUGGUAGUGAUUGUCCAUUUUAUAGAUGAAGAGUGUAAGCUUCAUAAGAAGAUUAUCUCAUUUGUCCCUAUUACAUCACAUAAGGGUGAGUCUGUUGCAAAAGUCAUUGAAACCUGUUUGCUUGAUUGGGGGAUUAGGAAUGUGUACAGUAUAACACUAGACAAUGCUUCCUCUAACGACACUGUUAUAGAUGGCCUGAAACAAUGUGAUGUUUCUGUGAAGAAGGUAAGGGAGGUUGUAAGAUAUGUGAGGAGUUCACCUGCUAGACUUAAGAAAUUUAGGGACUUGGCUGAGUGGAAUGUGAUUGAACAGAAAUCUUCUUUGUGUCUAGAUGUUCCAACCAGAUGGAACUCUACAUAUCUUAUGUUACAAUCUGCAAUUACAUAUGAGAAAGUGUUUGAGUCACUUGAAGAAAGUUCUUUAUAUGUCACUUCUAACACUUUCUUUUCUGAAAUUUCUGAUUUAUACUGCCUCUUGAAUGGCAUGGUGGAAGCUGGAGGGUCUGUGAAACUGAUGGACCCCAGAGACAAGUUAGAGUACAUGGCAACACAGAUGAAUCACAUGUAUGGUGAGGUAAAAGGUAAACCCUACUAUGAGAAAGUGAUUGCAGCCUUAAAAGAGUUGUUUAAUGAUUAUGCUACCUCUACUCCUGCUUCUGCCACUACUGCUUCUAUCAGUACUCCUACUGAUUUUUCACAGUCUACAAUAGCGAGGGAUGUUUUAGCUAUACUAAUAUCUAUUGUUGCCUCAGAAUCUGCCUUCAGUACAUCUGGUAGGGUUUUAGAUCCUUUUAGGAGUUCAUUAACUCCUAAAAUUGUGGAAGCUUUGGUCUGUACUCAGGAUUGGCUUAGGCUACCAAAUAUCCCCUUAUCAAUUGAGAAAAAUCUGGAGGAAUUGGAGAGAUUUGAACAAGAAAUUGGUACUGAUGGUGGCAGUGGAACUGUAAGGAGUGGUGGUUCUACACUUGCUACAAUUCCUCUAGCUUGUAUGUUUUAUACUUUUAUUAUUGUGGCCAUGAUGAAAGCUUCCACCAAUGAUCUGAAAAAUAUGGGAUUAAGCUGGAAGAAGAAGAAGAACAAUAGGAACUAG